AUGGGCGAGCUGCCGACCGGGUGUCGGAAAAGGAGGCGGAAGCGGGGAGGAGCCGCCGCGGGAGCCGGACUGCAUCCGCCGCGGCGUCUCCAUGGCACGACCCUGGCCUCCGACUUCAACGACUUCAUAAGGAGACGUUUCUGGGCGCAGCCGUGCCGCUCUUGGUUUCCAUCGUGUGGGAAGAACGGAGUAACGAGUCUCACGCAGAAAAAGGUCUUGAGAACACCUUGUGGCGCACCCAGUGUAACUGUGACGAAGCGAACCAUGAAGGACCGCUCUUCAACUCCCCCCUUACAUGUUCAUGUGGAUGAGAACACCCCUGUCCACGUCCACAUUAAAAAACUCCCGAAACCAUCAGCGACCAACAGCCAGAAAUCUCAUAAGCGCGGAAUGAAAGGGGACACCGUGAACGUGCGGCGGAGUGUCCGGGUGAAAACCAAGGUACCUUGGAUGCCCCCUGGAAAGUCAUCUUCCCGGCAUGUGGGAUGCAAGUGGGAGAAUCCACCUCAUUGCCUGGAGAUCACACCACCAUCUUCGGAAAAGCUAGUCUCGGUGAUGCGGCUGAGUGACCUUUCCACAGAAGAUGACGACUCUGGUCACUGUAAAAUGAACCGUUAUGAUAAGAAGAUUGACAGUCUAAUGAACGCGGUUGGUUGUCUCAAAUCUGAGGUCAAGAUGCAGAAAGGUGAGCGCCAGAUGGCCAAAAGGUUCCUGGAGGAGCGGAAGGAGGAGCUGGAGGAGGUGGCCCACGAGCUAGCAGAGACGGAGCAUGAGAACACGGUGUUGAGGCACAAUAUCGAGCGCAUCAAGGAGGAAAAGGACUUCACCAUGCUUCAGAAGAAACACCUCCAGCAGGAGAAGGAGUGCCUCAUGUCCAAGCUGGUAGAGGCUGAAAUGGAUGGGGCUGCUGCUGCUAAACAAGUAAUGGCCUUGAAAGAUACCAUCGGCAAGUUAAAAACUGAGAAACAAAUGACCUGCACGGACAUCAACACCCUUACGAGGCAGAAGGAACUUCUCCUGCAGAAGUUGAGCACCUUUGAGGAGACCAAUCGUACCCUCCGAGACCUGCUGAGGGAACAACACUGCAAAGAGAACCUGGAGCGCAGUGGGAACCAGCAUAAGGCAGAAGUGGAAGCCAUCAUGGAGCAGCUCAAGGAACUGAAGCAAAAGGGAGACCGUGACAAAGAAACCUUGAAGAAGGCCAUCCGAGCCCAGAAAGAGCGAGCCGAGAAGAGCGAGGAGUAUGCCGAACAGCUACAUGUGCAACUCGCCGACAAGGAUCUUUAUGUUGCUGAAGCUCUAUCCACCCUGGAAUCCUGGAGGAGCCGUUACAACCAGGUUGUGAAAGACAAAGGAGACCUCGAGCUGGAAAUUAUUGUCCUAAAUGACCGGGUGACAGAUCUUGUAAACCAGCAACAGACCUUGGAGGAAAAGAUGAGGGAAGACCGGGAUAGCCUGGUGGAGAGACUGCACCGGCAGACCGCUGAAUAUUCUGCAUUCAAGCUUGAGAACGAGAGGCUGAAGGCUAGCUUCGCCCCAAUGGAGGACAAGCUCAACCAGGCCCACCUAGAGGUCCAGCAGCUGAAGGCGUCGGUGAAGAACUAUGAGGGGAUGAUUGACAACUAUAAGAGCCAGGUGAUGAAGACCAGAUUGGAAGCUGAUGAAGUGGCUGCCCAGCUCGAGCGCUGUGACAAAGAGAACAAGAUCCUUAAAGACGAAAUGAACAAAGAAAUUGAAGCGGCACGUCGGCAGUUCCAGUCCCAGCUGGCUGAUCUACAGCAGCUGCCUGACAUCCUCAAGAUCACGGAGGCUAAGCUGGCCGAGUGCCAAGACCAACUGCAGGGCUAUGAGAGGAAGAACAUCGACCUCACAGCCAUCAUAUCGGACCUGCGCAGCCGGAUCGAACAUCAGGGGGACAAGCUGGAGAUGGCGAGAGAGAAACAGCAGGCUUCCCAGAAGGAAAAUAAACAGCUGAGUCUGAAGGUGGAUGAACUGGAGAGGAAACUGGAGGCGACCAGUGCCCAGAAUGUCGAGUUCCUACAGGUGAUUGCCAAGAGGGAAGAGGCAAUCCAUCAGGCCCAGCUGCGGCUGGAGGAGAAAACCCGGGAGUGCGGGUCCUUGGCAAGGCAGCUGGAAAGUGCCAUUGAAGAUGCCAGGCGGCAGGUGGAGCAGACCAAGGAACAGGCAGUCACCAAGGAACGAGCAGCCCAGAGCAAAAUCCUGGAUCUUGAGACCCAGCUAAGCAGAACCAAAACUGAGCUUGGUCAGCUGCGGCGUACCCGAGAUGAUUCUGACCGCCGUUACCAGAGUCGUCUGCAGGACCUGAAAGACCGUCUGGAGCAGUCAGAGAGUACCAACCGCAGCAUGCAGAACUAUGUCCAGUUUCUCAAGUCCUCUUAUGCCAAUGUGUUUGGGGAGGGUCCCUAUACCUCCUACUUGACCAGUUCUCCCAUCCGCUCCCGGUCUCCACCUGUCUGAAGCUGUCUGUAGAGGGCUGGGAGUCCUGCCUGAUACCGGGGAGCUGAGAGCUGCCAAGCCAUAGUGGGAAAGCCACUUAGCUAUCCGCUUCCAAUGAUUUGGUGUGAUCAGGGCUUUGUUCUUGGCGACCAACUCUAGGAAAGUCCCUAGCAAGCAGGUAAAGAAGCGAAGAAGCACUUGGUUAUCUCUUCCCUGAUAGAAUUUUCUGAUGGAAGUUUAUAAUGACCUUGAGAAGCCUUAAGUUUACUAAAUUAGGAUACCAGAGUUUUAAUUCAUUCCAACUCUGUUUUUCCUUUCCUGAGAGAAUGUUCAGACAUUUUUUCCAGGCCACAUUUUUUGAGGAUGUCUUGAGUUUCUUCUGACCUGAACCAGCAGGAGCCCUCUUGCUUUUUGGAUUCGGUGUUUUUCCUGGUGCCAGUGGAACCUUCCAUACCUGAGUUUCCUUUGAGGUCAUGUGAGCCCAUAAGUACUUCAGAGUAGGCCCACAUGGGGGCUUGUGUCUGUCUCGCCUUACAAGUGUAAUCUAUAUUUGUUUCUCUUUGUAUGACUAGAAUGCAUUUCUUACUGAAAUGUUUUUGUGAUUUUACAAAAAGUUAUAAUUAUUUAAGGUUCUUUUAGAUGAUUUACCUAUCUUUUAAAAAAGUUGCUAAGUAAAAUGCUACAAAGAGAGUUAAUAAAUGCUUUCAAAAUA